GCGACAUUGCAACGACCAGUAAAUCUACAUCCAAGGAGGCAAUGAAUUCGACAUCUUCGUAUCCGACUGCUACGCACACGACGGCAUGGACAUGAGCUACAUUGAUCUGCUCGAUUCCAAUGGCUGCCCGACGCAUCGUAAGAUUAUCGGAAAGCAGCAGCACAGCAAGGAGAUGGUGGCCGGAGACACGCUCGUCUACGCGCAUUUCAAGGCUUUCAAGUUCCCCGACGUCGGCAACGUGUUCUUCGAGUGCCAGUGCCGACUGUGCAUGGAGAAUUGCUUCCAGCCGCAGUGCGGAAGCAGAAAGAAGAGAGAGGCGGUCGAUGCAAGCAACGAACCUAAGAUGCUGGGAGAAACCCGCAUCUUCCAGUCGUUGAACAUUAGACUUCCCGAGGAUGGAGAAGAAUCAGAAUUCGAGGCUAGGUUCGCGCAGGCGACUGUGCCUGACAACGGCGUGUGCGUGUCCAAGACUGGCUUCGCUAUCGGCAUGGCGUUCCUAGUCGUCGUCGUCAUCGUCGGCGCCGCCAUUGCUGUUCUCUACUUCAAGGACAGGCGAGAACUCGUGGAGGUCUUCCACCAUAACUUGGCCUUCUACGGCAACAAGGCGUAAACACCCCCCUCCCCCUCAUAUCUCUCCCCCUCUUUCGUUCUCCCUCAUAUCUCUUCACUCUCUCUCUCUCUCACUCUCUGUAUCGUCGCUAUAGAUUGUGAAUCAGUAAGCGACCCAUCAUCCAUCAUGCGACUAUAUCGUAGUUACUAUCACCACCAGUCCACACGUAGAAUAUAGAUUCCUAAUCCCUGACGGCAUCAUUGUGCACCGUCCUCAUUUCACGGGAUUGGCACGAGGGGGCGACACUAAUCGAUUCAGGAUAUAUGAAUAAGUAACUCCGUAGUGGCGACGACAAACCACGUCGAUACGGCCGUAACAUAUGUCCUUGCAGGUAACGCGUAUGUAUGUGUAUAGGCUUAAAGCUAUCUGGGCGAUGUGGGUCGGCUAUCUGGAUCACGAUAUUUCGUUACCAACGGCGCGGGCCAGGCCACUGCAGUUGCAUGGCGCUGCAACAUCACUAGAGUAGAAAUGUACGAAAAGCGCGUUGAGUUUCUACCGCGCCUACACCGUCAAUUUAAAACCUCAAAAUAGUAUUACACUAGUGAUAAGAAAACUGGUGUUUGUGCGAUGUGCUACAUGUACCCGUGCCAGAGCCAAACUAGUAUUACAAUAUAGGUCACAAUAGAAGUUAAACGAUUUAGUAUUAAACUUAACACAGACCACACGGUGACGUUAUAACCCUGUAUAUAAUAUAUGAGAUUAAAAUAUAUAACCUUUUAUUGACGGUUAUUUGCGCAAUGUUAAAAUGGCCUACGAUCCAUUAAAAGUUUCAUUCAUAAUUUCACCGAAGAGGUCAGACGCCCCAUAACUCAUACACUGAAGUCUGUAUUUCGCACAAUCACGAUCAUCAUUUUGUCAAAAUUGUUGUUUUGUUAUAGCUAGAGCGACCGGUUUGGUUGCAUCACGACUUUUAUAGUGAGCAUGUCCAUCUGUGGAGUCAGCGCACCUGGCUGUGGUGUGUACUGUCGACGUCAGUGUAUACUGACCGCUCAAAUGUGAUGGAUUUACCCAUUGCAAACCAAAUCAUGGCCCACCUGUAUAUAUAGAUAGAUAUAUCAUUCUGUACAUGUAUGAUCAAAAUAAAAGCGUCAUCUAUACAUCGACUGAUAGGUCAA